AUGGAGGAAUCUGGUGGAGGUGCAGAAAUGAAGAGGAUGAAGAUGAAAGUGAUGGUAGCAAUAGACGAUAGUGAUGGAAGCUUGUAUGCUCUUAAAUGGGCACUUGAAAACCUCUUCAGUGUUAUGACUAGUAUGGAAGAUGAUGCAACAAGUUCUGAAAAUGAGGGAAUGGUUUUUCUUGUUCAUGUUGAACCCACUUUUCAAAACUACGUGCAUGCUAUUGGACCAGGUGGUGCCGCUUUUUAUCCUGCAUUUGUGGUUGUGGAUUCGGUGAAGAAAGCUCAACAAGAAAAAUCUGUAGUUAUUCUUUCAAGGGCUUUGCAAAUGUGCAAGGAUAAGCUGGUAAAAGCAGAAAGUGUAAUUCUAAAUGGAGACCCAAGAGAAAUGAUUUGUCAAGCUGCAGAACAAAUGCAAGUUGAUCUCUUAAUCAUGGGUAGUCGUGGACUUGGCACACUCAAAAGAGCAUUUCUUGGAAGUGUAAGCGACUAUUGUGCACAUCAUGCAAAAGCGCCUAUUCUCAUUGUGAAACCACAAGAGGAGCAACAUAAAAACCACUCUUAG